ACAUGGCGGAAGUUCAGAGGCGUCAACGUGGGGAGGAAGAAAGGCGCUGCGUUCAGAAAGAAGCAAUGUAAGCUAAGGAAUGAAGCGGCUGGGAUGGCGGACCAAACGUUGACGGUACUCUUCAAACUUUCAGCUGCGGGCUUUUAUGGAAUCAGCUCUUUCCUUAUAGUUGUAGUGAACAAGAGCGUCCUGACAAAUUACAGGUUCCCCUCUUCGAUAUGUGUUGGCAUUGGUCAGAUGCUGGCAACAGUUGUUGUGUUACGGGUGGGAAAGGCCCUCCGGUUGAUCACCUUCCCUGAGUUUGAUGGUAGUAUACCUAGAAAGACAUUUCCGCUACCACUUCUGUAUGUAGGAAAUCAAAUAACAGGACUCUUUGGGACAAAAAGACUUAACCUGCCAAUGUUUACAGUGUUGAGGAGGUUUUCUAUUCUCUUUACAAUGCUGGCGGAGGUGUUCUUGUUAAAGAAGAAAUUCUCCCGGCCAGUUCAGCUGACAGUAUUUACUAUGAUUCUAGGGGCCUUUGUAGCUGCAAGUGCUGACUUGGCUUUUGACCUGCAAGGGUACAUAUUCAUUUUAAUGAACGAUGUCUUAACUGCUGCCAAUGGAGCUUUUGUGAAACAGAAACUUGAGUCUAAGGAGCUGGGAAAGUAUGGCCUGCUCUAUUACAAUGCUUUGUUUAUGAUUUUUCCAACACUGCUAUUAGCACAUGUCACAGGGGAUAUGGAUAAGGCUUUUGAUUAUGAAGGCUGGUCAGAUGUGCUUUUUAUAGUUCAAUUCGUUCUCUCUUGUAUAAUGGGGUUCAUUUUAAUGUACUCCACUGUACUUUGCACUCAGUAUAACUCUGCGCUAACUACUACCAUCGUCGGCUGCCUAAAAAAUAUAUUAGUGACGUAUAUUGGAAUGGUGUUUGGAGGAGAUUACAUUUUCUCAUGGACUAACUUCAUUGGUCUGAACAUCAGUAUUGCUGGCAGUCUGGUGUAUUCCUACAUUACCUUCACAGAGGAGCAGACCACCAAACAGAGCGAGAAUACCAACAAACUAGAGGUCAAAGGGAAAGUGUCUGUAUGACCAGUUUGUUUGACUUUUAUGAUGCACAAGGCUGUAUCUAUGAGUUUUUGUAUUUCAUGCAAGAGUAAGAAGUCACUCCUAGUAUGUUUUUUUUAUUAUUAUAUGAAGAUAUUGACUGAAAAAGGUACAGCAGGUGCUGGCAGGACAUCGUCUCAAAUGAAAGAUUUGAUCAAGUUUCAAAUAUACUGGAAUGUGUUAUUCCAGAGUAAAGAUUUGCCUGUUGAUUUUCACUUCUGUUAAGAAGUGGUGUCUGUGUUACAAACUGAUGGUUUGUGUCCUGCAAUGUUGGACACUUGCCACAAAUUGGGAAUGAGGGACUGUCAUUAGUGUUGCAAUACCUGUUGUAUUGUCUAUUGAAGAGUACUUUUAAAGAUGGAUUUUAGUCAGUAAGGAUAUUUAUUUUCAUGUGAGUUUUUUUUUUUUUAUUGCUAGGAUUGUGAAUGGGAUUUUAUUGUUGGGAAAGGUUUAUUCUAGCUAUAAAAAGGGAGUUUACAUACAUUUGUUUAAAUAGUUUUGUGACAGUUCUGGUACCCUGUAACACAGGAAUGUUCCUUCAAAACCUGAAUGAUAAAUGGAAAGUGUGUAAAACAAGGUACAUGUGUGCAACUUAGAUGUUUGAUUUGAGUCUUUUGAUAAGUUUUAAAGAACAAUAUUUUGUGUUAAGCGUUCUCAGUGUUACACAGUGCUCAACUGGACAAAUUCUUAUAACUGCUUUUGUAUUUGGGAAUGGGAUGCAGUAACUGUUUUUUUACUGAUGGAAUCAUUAUAAACGCAAAUGGUGUAAUUGCACUUGAACAGUUUGCAUGUGUUCUCAUUUGUUAGUGAUUUAAAAUGGAUAUUAGUUUUUGCAAGAACGUAAUACAAUAUGCACAAACAUUUCAGUAUGUUGAGCUGUCUUGUUUAACGUCGCUGCCUUUGGGCAAAUAAGAAAAUGAGAAUGUCUCCUACAUUUAUGUCUGAUGUAUUUUUGACAAAUCCAAAAUGCUAGUCUGAAAAUAUCACACAUUUCAGUUAUUUCUUGUGCUAUACUUGUUGUACAUCUGGAAAAGCUGAUGCAUUCUGCGGUUACUGAAUGAAUGUCUGUUUUCAUUCAUGUAUGCCACUUUUUGGAACACUUUGUCCAUUGCUUAGAGAUUCUAAUUUUAUAGAUGAUGUGCAUUUUUGUUCUUUAUUUUUAAGCACUGAUGACAUAUUGUUGCUGCAGAAGUAUUUUAUGUGUUCGACUUGUUUUUAUUUUAUUCAUGUUUUUAUUCAUUUUAGUUAAAGAAACAUUUCUUUAUCAAUUUCAUAUCUGCAAAUUCUCAGUGAUCGUAUCAGUGAGAAACGGGAUGUGUAUAACAUUUAAAAUACCUCAGCUCAAAGAAUAUGUAUUUUAUGUCAUUUUCUGAUGUUAACCAAAG